CAGCGGUACACUGUUUUUGUCGUCUGUGUCAGCAAUGGCAUUCCCUUCCGUGUUCCAUAUCCUCCUCAACUUCUCCCUGGCGGGCAGCAGCUUUGCAGAGGAUGAGGCUUCUCCUGGAGGCUGUGGCUCCCUCCUGAAGAGGCCCUUCACUGCAGUAUAUGACCUGGACGCAGUGUGGGGUGUGGCAGUGGCAGGCAUGGCAGUCCUGGCCUCACUGAUCCUGGCCCUGGUGCUGCUGUGCCGCCUGCAGCGCAUCACAGAGGCUGAGGCACGCAGUGGGGUGGCACCGCUGCUCCUGCUCCUUGCCACCAUCAUCAUGCUCUGUGCCGUCAGCUUCAUGCAUGUCAUUGAGAGUGAAGAGCACGUAUGCAUUGCACGACACGCCCUCUGGGGGGUGCUAUAUGUCCUGAGCAUCGCAUACCUAACUUCCCAUGGUGUGCGAUUGUUCAGGCGCUCCUGCUUCAGGGCCCUGGCGGUGCUGGCAAUGGGCUUGGCCGUAAUGCAGGGUAUUGCCAUUAUUGAAUGGAUCCUGGCAAUUGUGCUCCACCCAGGCCAACCAGUCUGUCAGUACAAUCCGCUGCAAAUUGCCUUGAUCUGCAUAUAUGGCUUGGCCCUGCUCAUAGUAGUGCCAAUGACCUUGGCCUGUGUGCUGAGUAUCGCCAUUGUUGAGUGGAUCCUGGCUAUUGCACUGCACUCAGACCAGCUGGUCUGUCAGCACCAGCCGCUGUGUAUCAGCUUGGUCUGCCUGUACGGCCUGGCCCUGUUCAUAGCAGUGCUGAUGACCUUGACCUGUGGCUUGGCUCGGGGGCAGCCACUGUGGAUAUAUAGGAUUUCCCCCAGCUGGGAGGAUCAGAUGCUGGAAAAGGUGCUGGUGAUGCAGGCCUGGCUGCUGCUGGUGCUCCACGCCACCCCUGAAGCCCAUGCCUGCCUGCGCCGAGCCCUGCAGCCUUCGGGUCCCGAUGAUGUUGUUCCGUCACAGGCCCAGCCCCACCCAAGGGAGGCCAGUCUGGAAGAGAGCAUUCCUCUGCCCACCCGGUCGAUUGUAGAGACCCAGGGCUCUGCGUUCCACAGCAGCUCAGACUUCAGUUACAACUCUGAGCCGUGUCAAAUUCAGAGGUAUGCUGUUGACACUGCAAUCAUCGGAUGCAUCAGGGGUGAUCAAGAGGAGGAGUACAGAGGUCUGGUGAGGGACUUUGUGGUCUGGUGCCGUUUGAACCACCUGCAGCUCAACACUAGCAAAACCAAAGAGCUCGUCAUAGACUACAGGAAGUCUAAACCAUGCCCUCAGCCAGUUCAGAUUGAGGGGGGUGACACAGAGGUAGUAUAG